CCCCAGCCACCUCCCAGCACUUCCGUCAACACAGCCCGGGGCGAGUGACAGACAGGACGCGCCAAUCGCAGCCUGCGAGGCAGCAGAAGGCGGGAGCGGUGGGGAGUUGCGCUGGGCGCGAGGACUCUCGGGGGCCGCGCGACCACGGCUCUACCUUUUCAAUGGAAAUAAAACCAGUUAACAGAAGAUAUGAAACAAGGAGGCACACAAGAAUAGAAGAACCAGCAUCCAAAUCUCGGGUUGAUUGGAGGCGGACUAAAAGAGAAACCAUAUUGCUUGAAAGUGAUGAAGAACCCGCAUCUGCUUCAGAACCCAUAUCUGCUUCAGAAGAUGAACAACUCUCAACUACAUCAGAAGAUGAAUUGGCUGAGAAACAAGAAACUGUAGUUAAGAGAGAGAACCUUUCAGAUCAUGAGGAGAAAGACCAUGAUGACACAAUCACAGAGGACGCGGAGGAUGAAUGCAUAACACCAGGGAAGCGAAAGAGGUCAAGCACCUCUGUAAUGUAUGACAGUGACAGGAGUGAUGACAGUGACAUCCUUGUUAGAAAAGUAUUUGCUAAACGUUAUUGCAUAAUGGAUGAAGAUGAGAGUUCCCAAGAACAGGAACACACUAAAACCCCUUCUGCAGAAGACUUGACUAAUGGGAAACAGAAGAGGCUAAUGAACCUGAAAGAACUUGCAAGACAAAGAUCUACUCAGACAUCCAGUAACAGUAAAUAUUGUGAGGAUUCUCAUGAUGAUGUGGAAAUAAUAGAAGAAUCAUCCUAUCAUUUACCCCUCACACCAACAGAAAGCAGCGAUGAUGAUGAUAGUAUGAAAGACUUUAUAGUUGAGGAUGAGGAAGAAAGUGCAGAACUUGUUGAGGAUGAAAAUCAACCACAGCGGAAUGAACUGGCUACAUCAGAAUUCCAACUACUGAAGUAUUACAUUCCACGCUUCUCUCGUUGUGACCAUUACAUCCACUUCCAAAGAGUUGUAAAAGCUUUCCUCAUCAACACAAUUGAUGACACUUUUUUGAGUUCAUUGUAUGAUGGAACAAGGCAAAAGAGAUAUGCAAAAGAAAUGCUAACCUCACUCCAUUAUUUGGAUGAUCGCUUUAUUCAACCUCGUCUUGAAAACUUAGUCUCUAGAAGUCGCUGGAAAGAACGAUAUAAGGAGCGAGUGAAUUGUUACCCUGAAGUCCACAUAGUAAUGAAGACUCCAUUAAGUAAAUGCUGUCAAGCCUGUGAACUGCACCGAUAUUGUAAGUUUGACAUAUUGCUGUCAGGAAAGCUGUACAACAAUAGAACUUUGGAAACAGAUGACUUCAUGUCGCAUGACAAACAGGUUUUGAAGGUUGGCAGGGUGUGUGCAAGUCGUACAAGGGUUUAUCACAAUCUGAAACAUUUUAAAUACAAGUUGUAUCAGCGCUGCUGCUCUGUUACAGAGGUAGAUGGCAUUCAAGAUGAGCCAGUCAAAGACACAGUUGAUAGGCUUUUCAGUCAAUUGGAAGAAAAAGGCUGGAUUCAGGAGAGAUAUGAUCAUCUGGAAGAAUAUAUAAAUGAUGCAGAUUACUUCCAAGAAGAGAAAAUGGAUUAGCGUUCCUGCAUCUUUUUGAAGCUUUGUAAAAAUUGCUAAUUAGCUAUGGUAUCCACCUGUACACACAAAUAUCUCCAAAUGCUUUUUGGGAUGUUUUCUUACUCUAUAUUGUAUUUAACUCUCUAGCCUCUAGCUGUAAAUUGCCAUACAUUUAAAAAGCAAAGGCUGCAUCUUCUUUUACUCCACUUAUUUUUAAAUUACAAAAUAGUGAUUUAAAGUUGUUUUACGAAGUAAACAACCUUCAGUUACAGAUAGGUCACUUGAACUUCCCUUUGUGAUUAAAAAGGCUAGUGUUCAAGUACCUGCGUAUUUAUGAAAGACAAAUUUCUGCGUAUAGAUGGCAAAGUGUGAGAGAGAUGGUGAGCCCUAAUUACCUUUUUGCAGUGGGAAUUUAAGCAACGGUAGGAAGAUGCUUCAGUAGAAAGUAUAACUUGCAUCCCAUCUCAUCUCUGUGAACUUGAAAUGUGAGCAGUAAAUAGCUUAGUUAUAGUGAGGAUGAAACAUAACCAGAUACAUUCAUUCUUAAUUCAGUAUCAAAACCACCUUCAUUUCUUAUCCCUGAAGACCUAGAAUACUGCAGUUUGCAUACAGACAGAGCAGCUGAUAUAAAAGAUGUCUAUGUGUAAUAAAGAAUGCACAGUAGCUGCUACCAUGAGCUGAAAGAAAAGUGGAUAAUAAUAGUAAUUGCCUGGCUCACAGGUGGGAAGGAGUGCAAAACCUUGUUUGUGUUAUGUCUACCAGGGUGUGUGCUGGGUGUAGUACCUUUCUGAAAAGCCCUAACCCUACCUUCCCUCUUCUGAUUCUUCAGAGAUGUAGGAAAAGAUAAAAAGUGUGGUGCACAUUAACCUCUUGGCCCACUUGUUGCACAUAAAAGAAUGCAAGCAGUGGAAGUGAGCUAGCAUAGAGACUGGUCACAAGGGGAAAGGUAAAUGCUGCUCUUUUUGCUUUAGUUGUGGAAGUUGUGAACUGCUUCCAACUAUAUUUAUCUCCUGGGAAAGUAAAGGACAUUUGUUUAUGCCCCAUGCAGGAACAGAAAUACCCCAAAAAUAAACGUUCUCUUUAAUAAGUCAUCAUAUCUAUGAAGAGGACCUAACAGUGCUAUGUAUUCAGUAUUAUAUAGUAUUAUUGCACCCCUGUAAUCAUGCAUGCUUGUCACCCUGGGAGGAUUGGUUAAUGGCUGAGCAUGUUGCAAGGAUAGUCUGUGGUUAAAAUUAUUUUGUAAAUCAACACUGGAAAAUGAAUCCAUAUUAAGUACAUGAUCUACUCACAGAAGUAUCUGUAAUAAGAUCAUACCCAUGCAUUUCAAUUACAUACUUCCCAUUAUGUCUUCACACCUUGAACUACAUAGUGUCUGAAGAAUGUAUUGAUGUAUUUGCUACACACAUUUUAAUCACUCUCCAGAAUACCUGUGGUAGACACCUAGAUGGCUAACUUUUCCAUACUGGCUCCUAUAAGUGAUCACACAGCAUAUUCCUGUGGUGUUAACAUGCUUCCUCCACCUCCAUCCCCUUUUUUUAAUUGCUAUUUGGGGCUUAGUGCAAAGCCUGUCAGAGUCGAGGGAUUUUUGGAUCAGGCUCUUGGGGAAAAUCCUAUUGCAUUUGCCCCUGAUCACAUCACUUUUUUUUAGGAAGACCAAGCCUCUUGUACAGUGCACCAAGAGAAUUAACAAAAUCUAUAUACCACCUUACACCAGUUGUGAUUGUGCUCCAUGUAUUCAUAGUUAACAUUUGAAGGUGAAAUUAUUAAACAAUACCACUUGAAAUAUUGUUGCAUAGUACUCAUCUUUCCAUGCAACUUUUUCUUUGAUGUUUCUAAUCAUCUUCAUCUUUGCAGAGAAAUAAAGUUCAGAAACAAGAAUUCUAUAUUUAAACUCCUUUGCAAAAGUAGGUGAGGACAUUGAUUUUUUCCACUUCAUGUUGUGUUUAGCAUUUAAGAGGUUUUCUGUAUCUAACAUUUAGUAUGCUUAAGUUUACAGUGUUCAUGUCCAGAAAGCUUGAGCUCAAAAAACAACUAAUGUGGAAAGUGGUUUUGAAACUGAUGUAACUGUGUACUGCAUGUAGUGGAAGAUAUCUACUUGUCAGCUACACUGACAAAAGAGGGGAUGUAUUUUAAUAAAAAUUAAUGUGGUUUGCA